CUUCAUCCUCACGGGCUCUGCUGGCAAGAUGGUUUCCAGGCCUCAGAUGCCCCCAUCGGAGCUGCGGAUCCCUGCAGUCCCGAAUUUCCCUCUGUCGUCACCCAUUACGGAAGAGGUUCCCAGUCCGGCGUCGUCAUCCCCAGAGGACCAUGAUAUGGAAAGAAAUCGUCCCUUUGCUUUCUUGAACAAGGCGGCUCGCAAGAAUCCUUUCAUCCGUAAGGCAACCCAUGACAAACUUGGCCAAGAACAAGAACUAGCCAGCGAGACCCGGGCCUCUUACCUGGGGGACCCGAACCACCAGGAUGCCGGCGAUCUGAGACUCUAUACUGGCAAGAGCGGUGACAGACCCACUGGCUUGAACUUGGUCACGGAUUUUCCACAACCCACUAGUCAGGGGUCUGGAGAUGUCUCGAUGCCGUCCUUGGUGGAUCUGAAUGAUCUGAAAGCGCUUGCCAAGGCGCGACAACAGGAACAGACGACGCAGGAUAUCAGAGGGAUACUGAAAAGGGAGUCGGAGCCGGAGUUCGACCAGAUCCCCGAUGCGCAUUCCAAGCCAGACAGAAGACGAUUGUCCUGGCUUAAUGCCCGGGGGAAAAAGAAAGGCAAGGAUGAAUUAUCGCCCUCGGAUCGUCAUAUCAUGAUUGGGCUGAGCAUGCCAUUUGAAGAAUCUACCGGCUCGAACGAAAGGAGGCUGCAGGUGAACACCGGAUACGCCCAACGCGCAGCCCUGACGCCGUCUAUAGUCGUCACGCCCGCAAAAGAUGAUACCUUUUGGAGCGGACUUGAGACGCUGCAUCCCCGUCCCAGGGCAACAUCUAGUAUCUACUCCCAACCGACACCAUAUCCCGAUGACAAUGACAUCGAUAUCCCCCCGGUGCCUGCUAUUCCGGCCUUUCCGUUCCUCUACCAGAAUGAGAACUCAAGUACCGAGUCUGCCGAAAGACAGUCCAUGAAUUCGAUCAAGCGACUGCGUUCAUUCUCAACUGGGACCGUGUUUGAAGAAGACGGUCCGCAACGAGCGAGCCGUCUGCGUUCGAAUUCAGGCGGGACGAAGCCUGCCAGAAAAAUCCCGGACAGACUCAGCAUCAACACCGACACAAAUAGACACCAGUCCCAAGGAUGGUGGACCUAUCUCCUCUCGCCUCUCCUUAGCCGCUCCAGCGCGGUUAUGGGAAACACCACUCCAACAGAAGCUACUCGACCUCCACCCCCCAGCGUCAUAACCGACUCAGCCGGCUCAAACGACGAGUGGUGGGAAAAAGAGGUGUCCUGUUUUUCGCCCGACACGCCGGAGGCAAUAAUCCCUCACCACAAGGACGCAAUCAACUGGCCCGAUGCAUCGACUAACCCGUUUGACGAAAGACACCUGUUCAACCAAGAUCGAGCUCUCGAAACUGGAGAACAAGCCCCGCCACCUUCCACGUUCUCCGCAGAUGCAAUGUUCCCCGGCGGAGCCAUCCAGGGCGCCGCUGCUGAGUACUACCAAGCAUGUGCUCACGAGCUGUUCAGCGGAAGACCGUACUUCGAGUGCGUCAACCAUGUUUGCUCGAUAACGCCCAAGGACAAGAUCCCUGGAUAUAAGAAGGACUCUCUCUCAAGCAAUUCGCAGGACAGGGGCCUUAUAGAUAUAAACGAUAGGUCCCAGAGUGGGAGCCAGGGCUCGAGAAAUGUCUUGAUCAUGACGCCACCAGCACGCCCGUUUUAUGAGCCCAGUAUUAUGGAUAAGAGAUCGGAGGCUGGUCUUGAUGAGCCUAAGGAGGCCGAUGCACACAAUGAUCUUGAUGGGCAUGUGCUUGUUGAGCGUUCCUUGAGUGAAAAUUCUCCGGUCGAGCGUUCCCUGAGCGAACAUACGUCGCGUGUGCAUCCCCUGAGCGUGUAUUCUAGAAGUGUCUAUCCCCCGAGUGAACACCCUGCUACUGAGCUUCCUCCGAGCGUGCCCCCUCCAAGCGUGCCUCCAAGCGUGCCUCCAAGCGUGCCUCCAAGCGUGCCUCCAAGCGUGCCUCCAAGUGUGCCUCCAAGUGUGCCUCCUCCCAGUCAACACCCACCGAGUGAACCCAGUGAGCAAUCUCUCAGUGAACAGACGAGGGAAAUUCCUCAAGAAGCCGCGCCUGAACCUCAGCCUCAAGCUGCAGAGGGGUUAACACCACCGGAAGAGGAUCCAUCCCAAAGGAAACUCUCUUGGCCUAUAUUUCAACCGAUCAUUCAACCAAUAAUCCAGCCUGCGCCCCAGCCAAUUGUCCAACCAAUCAUCCAGCCAGCGCCGCAGCCGGUUAUUCAGCCGAUAUAUCAACCAGCGCCGCAGCCAGCACCCAUGAUGCCCCCCAGUCAUAAUGUCUACGUUUACCCUGCCACUGUUCCCUCGCCAAUGCUCAUCGCUCACCCUGAACGGACCCUCUCGCAACACUUUGCAGCUCAGAACCACGAAGCCCAACCACAGCCCCCGAACCCUACAUCUCCUGGUCUUCAACAAGCGACAGAGAGGGGUGGAUCAAUCCCUUUAACCGAUAUGCAUACGACUCCAGCGCCUGCAUAUUUAUCUCAUCACAAUAGUUCCACUUUACCGCCUCGCAUGGAACCACUUCCAUCAACGCGGGAAGAAAUGACAUUUUCAAUGACGGAAAGAGAGAGGAUCGAGAUGCGACUACGUCAGCUCGAGGAAGAGGAGAAAGAGGACAAAAAGAAGAAGAAAAAGACCCGCGUUUGCUGCUGCUGUGGAAUAAUCAAGUGCCUGGGGAAACGGAAAAAAGAUGGUCACGCAAAGCGCCGGUGGUACCUGGCGAUCUGCACGUCCUUCCUCAUAAUCAUCGCCCUCAUCCUCCUUCUUGUGAUGAUCCUGACCCGGAAAAGCGGCGACUCAACUCCCGUGCAAUCGCAAUGGCUCAACCUCACCGGCUACCCCCCGAUGCCCACCGGCAUCGCGACAAUUGCAGGGCCAGAACCACAGGUCCAGGACUCGGGAUGCAUCGUGCCCUCCACGCUCUGGAGCUGUUCCCUACCGCCAGAGGAACAACCCGCCAACGAGCCCUACGCCGCCAACGAGCCCAACUUCCGCGUGGAGAUCCUCUUCCGCAACGGAACCUAUCCCAACAGCACGACCGUCGCCUCGAAGUCCAUAUACGGCAAAAGGCUCUCCUCCAGGACCUCCGACAGCUCCUUCAGCCCGUCGCCCUCCCCACCCAGUCUCAAAGACCAGGCCUUCCUCGGCAACACCACAGACAACAACACCAUCCCCUACGCCGGCGAAGAGACCCCCUUCUACAUGACCUUCCUCUCCACCACCCACCUCACCUCCACCUCCACCGUUCGCCUGGCGCGAAGAUCCGACACCGACAGCUCCUUCCCCAACCUCGCAACCAUCAUCCCCUCGCCCUCGGAAAACUCCGACGGCACCGCCGCGGCGGCAACCCUCCACCCGCUCCCCUCCUCCCAGCCCAUCCGGCUCUACAACCGCGGCCUCGACACCGAGCACUACGGCUUCUACACCUACUUCGACCGCUCCAUCUUCCUCUCCUCCCUCGCCCCCCUCAACGGCAGCGCAACGGACUACUCCGCCGACGACCAGAACGGCGGCUCCAAGGAAUCCGUCGCCAACGUCCGCUGCACCUGGUCCCAGACCCGCUUCCUCGUCCAGAUCUGGACCCGUUCCAACGAUACCCUCCUCAGUGCAAACUCCACCGCCACAUCAACCUCCACAUCAACCGCUACCGCAACCUCCACCACCGCAGCCUCGUCCUCGACCACCUCCUCGUCCGCCACAGACUUCACCCGCCCCGGCUCCUUCCCCUACCCGGUAACCAUCACCCUGGACCGGCACGGCGGCGCCGCGGAGGAGAAAAUGGUAUACUGCUACGCCAUGGAGACCGGGGAGCGCAUCAACGCCACCGAGAAGAAACUUGAGCUUGAGAAUCGCAGCUACGGCGGUACCUUGGUCAAUCCCGCCCCUGGGAUCUUUGAUCUGUAUAGUGGCAAUUCGUCGUCGUCAUCGUCGAAUGAGACCGAGUGGGGCGGGAUUGAUGGUGGGACCGGGGGAUGUUUCUUUUGCUACAGGCCUUCUUAUUGGUAG